UGUUGCUGUCAUGGAUAAGCAUAACAUGUACAUUUAACAUAUGUACAAAUAUAGCUAGCUGCAUUAGUUGCUUGGUUGCAUUUACAUGUACAUUUUUUGUGGAUGAGCUAUAGCUAGACAAGAAUGUCUGAGAAUCAAUCUCAAGUAGAGUUACAUAAACUGUCAUAUGCAGAGACUAUAAAGAAAAUAAAGGGUCUUCAACUAUUUGAACCAUCUUUCAGGAUUCUUGGUUUUGUGUUUCUUACAAUUUUGGUUACAUGCAGCUUUCUCUACUUUGAUUAUGGAGAUUUAGGGAGAGGUUUUCGGGUUUCGGUUCAGUCUGGGACGUUUCUGGGCUUAAACUUUAAUGGUUCGAGCAGAGGAGUUGAAGAGAAGGUUGAGUUUCUAAGUGAAAAUGGUGGUUCUUGUGAUGUUUUCGAAGGUGAUUGGGUAUGGGAUGAAAGCUAUCCAUUGUAUGAGUCUAGAGAUUGUAGUUUUUUGGAUGGAGGGUUUAGGUGUUCUGAAAAUGGAAGGCCUGAUUUGUCGUACACAAAAUGGCGGUGGCAACCUAAAGCUUGUAACUUGCCCAGGUUUGAUGCAAAAUUAAUGUUGGAGAAACUGCGGAACAAAAGGCUGGCUUUUGUUGGAGACUCGAUUGGAAGAAAUCAGUGGGAAUCCCUUCUUUGCAUGCUAUCUUCUGCAGUUUCCAACAAGAGUAAUGUAUACGAAGUGAAUGGCAACCCCAUUACAAAACAUAAAGGGUUUCUGAUCUUCAAAUUUGUCGAUUAUAACUGCACUGUGGAGUACUAUCGCGCUCCAUUUCUUGUAUCACAGGGCAGACCUGCUGCCAACUCUCCUUCAGGUGUAAGAAUGACCCUUAAGUUAGACAUAGUUGAUUGGAGUUGUUUACAAUGGAGAAAUGCAGAUAUUCUGAUACUAAACACGGGACACUGGUGGAAUUAUGAGAAGACUAUUAGAGCAGGUUCCUACUUCCAAGAAGGAUCAGAGGUGAAAAUGGAUAUGCAAGUUGACACUGCUUAUCACAAAGCCUUAAUCACUGUUGUGGACUAUAUACAUCAUGAAGUUAAUACAACCAAGACUCAGGUCUUUUUUCGCACAUCUGCCCCUGUGCAUUACAGAGGUGGGAAUUGGAAAACUGGCGGAGGCUGUCACAUGGAGACAUUACCGGAACUAGAUGCUGCACUGAAUCCAUCAGACAUAAAUAGCAGCUACAGCGCGCUUGUUGAUGCAUUAUCAGCUCAUUCAAACACAUCAAAUGAAAAUACUAUAGAGGUAUUAUAUAUAACUAGCAUGACAUCAAGAAGAAAAGAUGGGCAUUCAUCUAUAUAUCAGAGUAAUCCUCCGUCUGCUCUCAAUAGGCAGGACUGCAGCCAUUGGUGUCUUCCAGGGGUUCCAGAUACUUGGAAUGAGCUGCUUUAUACGCUCUUUAUGAAGCGCCAAGCAGCUCAUUCUGCAAAUUCAUCUACAUUGUAUAAGUGAAAUAUGAACAUAUAAUUUAUCUGUAAAAUGUAAAUAACAAGUCUUUGGGUAGGUUUUAGAGGCUUAUUCUUGGCCGCACACAAAAGAUAGAAAAAAAAGAAAGAGACAAUUUUCUUUUAUUA